ACAGAGCUACCUAAUUGUAUAGGUGUUGCAGCUUGUCAAGUCUCUGCGGACGGAAAACUUAGUUUUAGUCUUGGAAAACAAGAUAGUGUAAAAUGGAAUCCGGGAGCUGGUUUAGCUAGUCUUCCUUCAGUUACUUAUACUGAAGGUGCAAAAAUAGUGAUAGUUACAUUAGUAUGUUCAACCGAUGAAAGUGAAGACUUUGACGCUUUGGGUGAAGCACCAAUAAAUAAUUACAAAUUUCGGUUGAGACAUAAAUGUGCCUGUUGGGAUGGUUGUAAAAAUACACCACCAGAAACAUCAACAAUCGCACCAGGAGGUGGGGGUGCUGGUCUUGGUGGAGGAGCUGAAUUUAUUAUGAUACUUCUUGUCCUUGUUUUUGUUUGUUUUGUCGGUUUUAUUCAGGGAAGUUAA